UGACAUUAAAUUUGAGAACAAUAAUUGUCAAUGUCAUGUUUGCUCGAACUCGAAGACUAUUUUUGUACCAAUAAAUUAUUACAUUAAUAAUACAGUUAAAAAACCUUUUGGAGGAAGUAAAUCUUUACAUUUACAAUGAAUAAAAACUAUGAGAGAUGUACUCAUUGUAAUCGUCGCAAAUGGCUUGCUACAGGUUGUCUACGUAAGUGGUUAAAACCACUGGAAUGUAAACAUUUGCAGCGAACUGUUGAUAACAAAAGAGAUUUUAACAACACAGAUAUUGUUAACGGCGUAUUUCUACCAGAACGCAAGCCUUCCGUUAACACAAACAAAUUCGUGAAAUUUUGGAAAAAUAAGUUGUUUAUUACUGGCAAUGUGAGGACUUUGCAGAGGUACUUUGGGAAUAAAAAUAAUGGUGGAGAACAUUUAUGCAGUCUUAACAAAUGUAGUGGUGAUGCAUCGACAUCAUCCGAGAAAAGAGUAAUAGUUGCUUCUGGAUAUGAAACAAAAAAGGAUUUUCAGUUGAACAAACAAGCAAUCAAAUGCCAACAUUCAGAUGGUCAUUCAGUACUUCGAGGACACCACCAACAUGCCUCACUUGAAACUUGUGCAAUUUAUUGUCAGUUGUCAAAGCAUGGCUGGUAUUGGGGUGGCAUCACGUCAAGUGAAGCUGAAGAAUUGCUAGCUGGACAGCAUGACAAUGUAUUUUUAGUCAGAGACUCAUGUGACUCCCGUCAUAUACUUUGUGUGUCUUUUCGUUGUGUGGGCCGCACACUGCAUGCUCGCUUGCGACAUGCCAAUGGACUCUUUUCACUGAACAAUGAGACAUUUGUACCAGCAAACAGAAUAUCAGAGCACUGUGCAGCUGUGGAUGUCAAGUCAAAUCUUUUUGAGAUGCCAGUGAAAUUAGCAAGGCCACUGAACAGAUUUGCAAAACUGGACUCUUUACAAAUGAUUUGCAGAUUUGUUAUAAGACAAACUGUGUCAGCACAUGUAUGGAGCAAGUUGCCACUGCCACCCAACUUAAUAUCUUAUGUCUCAAUUGGCAGUGAUUACAUAGUACCAUCAUAGCUAACACUUAUGUGCCUUCAGUACUCAUAGCAUUAUGUUUAUUGUAA